GAGAAUUUUAACUUCCGGAACAUGGUUCUCUCCUGUCCAGUAUCCGCUUUUUUGAAGGUUUUGAAAGGAUAUUUUGCAUUUAAAAUUAAUGAUAACCUCUAAAAUUGUUUAACUAAAAAUGGAGGACACAGAUCAAGAAAUGAGUGAGGAAAUGGACAGUGACAAUGAUGUCUGGUCUAGCUUGAUACCUGGUCCAGAUGAAAGAACAGAACAGUGUCAAGUUGGUAAAGAAACUUUACAUUUGCCAGAGCUGUUUCUAGAAAAGAAAAAUAUAUUUACAUCAGUGUUGUCGCUGGAGACAUGGGACACAGUUUUAAGUGAUAGCCAGAAGGCAAGACUUGAGACAUUAUUGCCUAACUUUCCUGUCAAUGAUACGGAAGAAAAACAUGAAACCUUAAGGAGGCUAUUCAAUGGAGAAAAUUUCAAAUUUGGGAAUCCGGUGGAAGAGUUACAAAAGAAGUUAAAAGAAGGAUAUUUGCACCCUGAAAUAGCUAGAUACAGAAAACAAACUCGUCAAUUUCGUCAUCGUGAUUAUAAAAUGAGGCAGCAGCGCCAUCUAUCAGAUCUUCUUAAACAUUUACUCCUGUCUAGACAAGCUCUGUUUGAACAUGCAUCAACAUUAGCUCCUGGAGAGCCAAUCAGAUUCCAGUAUCGACCCCCACCUAAAAAGAAAGCAUCCCAGAUGGAGCAAGUAGUGAAAAAGAAAACUAUUAGAAUUUUAAAGGAAGUGCGUGAUGAAUGUGGUGUCCCAGAUACAUCAUCAGAAGAAGAUGAUGAAACUUCAAGUCCUGUUCAGAGAAGUAGACGUCAACUAUUCAAAUCCUUAGGUCCCAUCCCUUCGCCGGAACCCACCCUACCUAGUGUGGUAUCAACAUUCUCCAGCAAACCCCCAGUAGUAAAUGGAGAUUUUAAUUCAUCAAAUCAUGUGGUUGCUAACAGUCCUCUACAUAGCACCUCCAAUAACAAGAGACCCCGUCCUAUUAGUCCAGUUGAGGUGACUGAAGAGAGCUACAAAUUAAUGCUUAAGCUUCACAAGAAGAAAAAAUUGCUUGAUCCUGACUUACCUGAACUUAAUACAAGCAAUAUUACACUGCAAGAUAUUCUAACAAGGUGCCAAGCUAAUAAAAAGAAUGCCAAAUUUCUUAUUGGUGAAAACACAAGUAGUGGUAAUCCAGCCACAAUGAAAAAGCGUAUAAAGAUGAAAUCUAAAGAAAAGAAAACUAAAGCAAAGGUGAAAGACUUGCCUGGUCCUGAAGAAGAGGAUGCUAUCAUUCCUUCCCUCCUGGUGAAUUCUGGGCUGGACCAGGGGUCAAGCUUUCUCGGCGUUGAUGAAGAAUCAGAAGAACCUUCAAGGGCAGUAUUUGGUCCUGCUACUAACUUCUUUUGUCUGUUACGGGAUAUAUUGUCUGAAUUUAUUGAUGGAAAAGGAUCAACUCCCAAGAUAGAGGAUCGUGUUCGAGAAUGGCUUGACCUUAAUGAUGAAAUAUCUAAUCCGUGGUUAGCAUUGCAGAAGAGCUGGGUGGAUUUAGUCGUUUCUGCACUUAAAUUUCUUUCUGGAAAUGAACUAGGUUUAAAAGUUGAAAAUUUCAUACCAUUUGUGGAUUAUAAGGAGAGAGCUCAGCAAUGGAAAUGGAUUGGUGUUGGCAGAGACUCAGAUCCAGAGCUGACUUCCUUAUUCCGAUAUUGGUUGCAGCAUAAAGAUGAUGUCACUGUAGAUGGUCUUGAUGCUACACAAGGAUCACCGCCUCCACCCAAAGCCAAAACCAAUUUUAUUGUUAGGCCCACCUCCAAUAAUGAAAAAGCUCUGUUCAGGGAACAGGAGCGACGAAGAUUUGCUGCACCACACAAGGCUUUUACUUUUAUGAUGCAUGGCUACGACUCUGUUGUGGGGCCAGUCAAAGGAGUUUAUGACAAGGACAGUGGCACAAAUAAGGCCAGAGAACACAACCUUUUAGUUUCUGAUCGUCCACCAUUUGUCACCAUCCUGACGCUAGUUCGAGAUGCUGCUGCAAGACUCCCUAAUGGUGAAGGUACUAGAGGAGAUAUCUGUGAACUGUUAAAAGAUUCCCAGUUUCUUGCUCCAGGUGUCACAGAAACACAGAUUAAUGCUGUUGUUAGUGGAGCCCUUGACAGACUUCACUCUGAGAAAGACCCAUGUGUGAAGUAUGAUGUGACUCGGAAAUUGUGGAUAUAUUUGCAUCGAAACAGAACAGAAGAUGAGUUUGAGAGAAUUCACCAAGCCCAAGCAGCAGCUGUCAAAGCUAAGAAAACAUUGUCACGACCUAAAGCUCCUAAAGCAGCUAAAGAUUCUACAACACCAGCUGCUCCAGUCACUCAGCCAGCAGCAAAUGCAACUCCACCAGCAAAACAAAACUUCACCCUCUCCACACUUCCUAAUUCUACACCAUCUCCCAAGCCAGCACCAGAAACAACAUCUCUUCUUGGCAAAGCUGGGAAGCCCACGGCCGCAGGUGUCCGUCCUGUCACAAACAAUACAGCAUCAGCCAACACAGUCAACCACACCAUAGCUCAGAUACAAGCCGCCAGAGCUGCUUUGGCCAAAUCGUCAGCGACAGUUGGUCAGCUACAGACUAUUAAACAGCUGACCAGUGGCCAAGGUCUCACGACACCUGUGGCUUCAACAACUAACGUUACCACGUCUGUUCUAACAGUGACUUCUGUGGGGUUAAGUGUUAAUUCGUCUUUGGCUGCUCAACUUUUAUAUGCACCUGGCUUAAGCCCGGCUGGGAUCACAGCAGGCAAGCUGCAAAAACCUGGCUCCUCGCCCGCUGUGACAGCAACAACUUUCAGUCUCGUGACUACCAUGAAUGCUUCACAGUCAGCGGCAAAUCAUGCUAAGCCUUUAGCUGUGCCGACAAUCAGCAUGCUGCAGAACCAGCAGUUGCUGAAGCAGCAUCAGCAGCAGUCUGCAUCACAGAGCGUACUCAAACAGAAUGCUGCGCUAGUCGCAGCUGUUGGUCAGACAGUGGCAGCUGCUAACUCCAAUGCUGUGGGUAAAUUAACCCCCGCCAAUCAGAAGCAGACGUUCACAAUGACUGCUAGGCAGACCCCUCCACCAAAUGUAGUGGUGACUAAAAACCAGGCAGCAAUAUCCUCGUCAAAGCCCACUGCAGGGAUGAAGCAGGCUUCAUUAAUACUAUCACAGGAUGGUAUAGCGAAUCUCACGUCUGCCACCGCAGCGGCAGGCAGUAAACUGGUGGCCUUGACCUCUGUACCUGCCACGCCUGGUGCAGAGGGCACUGUUAUGGCACAAAUCAUGCACCAUGCAGCUGCUGGCAAUGCAGGGAUCAGUAGGGGUGUACCUCAAGCAAUCAGACUUCAGAGUGGUAGCCUUGUUCAGUCUGUGAUAGGUGGGAAACCUAUACACAUAGGGGGAAAGCCUUUUGCUCAAGCCAAAGGAUUAGUCCAGCUUUCUGGUAAAGGUGGUCAACACAUAGGCUUAAUCCGAACACCACAAGGUCCUCUAUCUACCAUCAAUCUCAUCCCUACUGUGUCAUCUGCUUCAGGGAAGACUGCCACUGUUGUUGCUGUUGGUAGCCCAUCACCAGUUCCAUCAUCACCAUCUUCAGUUUCAAGCCCUGGUAUCACCACAGCCACCAUCACCCCAGGACUUCCCACAGCGUCUCAGACUGCUGUUUUUACAGCAGCUGCCAAGGGGCCUAACUCUACUCAAGCCAAGAUCCUAAACCCCACUCAAGCUGGCCUUGUAGUGACACAGCUUGCACCAGGAAACCUAACUCUUAGAUCAGCAGGCCCAGCAAACUCUCAGACAAAAAUUAUUCCCACAAAUCAAACAGGUCUAGUCCCCACACAGUUUAUUUUACAUCAUGCCCCAGGUGUUUGUACAACUCAAUCUUCUUCAGGUCCAAUAAUUGUGAGUAAUGCACCUGGAGUAAAAGGUGCUCAGAAUCUUCAGAUGAUGAGGACAGUUCUUUCACAAGGUAGCUUAAAGCCAGGUCAAGCUACUAUACUUAUAUCCCAACCUGCUUUACAGCAGGGAGUUAUGUCUUCUGCAUCUGGUUUAACAGCAGCACAGGUUGUUCAAGCUGGAAGUAAAACUUCAGGACGAGGGUCACCCAAAGGAAAGGGCCAACCAGUGUAUGCGCGUAUCAUAACUCCCCCACCUGGCAUGAAGCUGGCCAACAUGACCCAGGUCCCUGUCUCAGCUGGCAACGUCAACAUGCUACAAACUGUGGGCAAGCUGCUCGUAACCUCCAGUGUUGCCACCCACUCCCUCCCCAGCCUCCCCAUCGUCAGCUUGGCUGUACCAUCAGCCAUGAUAAAUCCAACAGCUGCAGCUAACAAUAUCGAGGUGACAGCCUCCGCUGUUGGUAGCCUCGGGGAUCAUAUUAAACAGGAUGGGUCUGGAGACAGUUGAUAAAACAUUGGUUAUACAUGAUUAGAAAACAGACUCUUUAUUGUCACAAUUAUAAGAUUGAUGAACCAACUUUGGUUUAUUUAUUUAUUUUGCAAUUGGUGCUAUUAGAUCUUUUACCUUUUCUGGAUUUCAAAGUCUGUAUAGUUAUCUGUGAAAACUUAAUGGGAUAAUUUAAGCUGUUAUUUACUGGUUAACAUGGCACCUGUUUUGUUAUUGCAGAAUAUUUAUCGCUGUUUUAUUAGCUUAAUUUGCUUUCAUAGGCAAAUGAUUUAAGCUGUCAUAGAAUUCUAUAAUCUUGCAUUAUUGCAAAUAUUUUUUACUGAAAUAUGAUUCAAGUUGUCUGAGCUUAACUGUGAUAAAGCGCACCCUUCAGUUGGCAAGCAUGGAAGUGUUUGAAGAUUUGUAAUGCAGAUGUUGAAUUUAGUUAAUUAUAUUUUAGCCGAGAUCUAUAAGCCCCUUGCAGUUUUUGUAAAUAUUGUUUUAUAAGUAAUGAAGGUUGUUUAUUGCUAAAUGUUAUUUUAGCUACCUUGAGGUAAUGAAUACUGAGAUCUCAGUUUCUUGAAUUGAAAGGACACAACUUUUUCAUGUACACUUUUUUCAAAUAAUUGAAGGGGAAAAAAAAAAUGAAGAAAAAAAAGCUAUGCAAUAAGUGCGUGAAGAGGGAUCAUGAUUUAGGGAUGGUCAUUGUGUUAGCCAAAGUCAACAAGCUUGAUGUAAUCAAAAAGUUAAGGUUAAAUUUUAUAAGUUGAUUGUUUGGCCUCAUCUUGUAAUAAUUAUUAUCCAUGACUGAAUAGUUUAUAGUUGGUCAUUACCUCCAAUGAAGUAUUUUUUUUUUCUGAAGGCAAUAACUGAUUUCAUCCACUUGGCUAAAUAAUUUGGUUAAACAGGGACAGUUAAGUAGGGAAGCAAAAUAAUUUUGAAUCAUAAUAAUGAAUAUUUUCAGUUUGAUCAAAAUUCUAAAAUAUAUAUUUCUACUUACAUAUUUCUACUGAACAAGAACAGUAAUAAAAUGUAUGAAUCAGGAUUUUUUUAAAGUAAAAAAACCCAAUGGAUUAUUUCCAUUUUUGUUAAAAUCUGAUUUUAGCCAGUUAAGUCUUUUUCAUUCUCAUUCCACAUGUGAAGUAAAAUGUACAUUACACAUUAAUGUAGACGUUUUUCAAGCUUAAAAAAUUGUGAUAACCAGUCACUUGUAUAUAGCAUCUUAGUUGUUUUAUUAUGUUAUUAACAUAAACAAAUGAGAUAAAGUUGUAUAAAAAAUAUGUACAAAUUACAUUUAUUUAGUAUUGAUGGAAUCAUAGCAAAUUGUUGUGAGAUCAUCAUAUGAAAACUUUAAAUGAUUUGUUUUACUGGACAUCUUUAUGUAUGUAUAGCAGGUUACAUUUUGUUUAUUCAAAUAUGAAUGUUCUUACAAUUGUACAUUGUUAUUUACAUCCAGUUUAUCUGUAUAUAUUUAUUACACAUUGACAAAAAAAGCAUGUUUAAUAAACAGGUAUGUUCACUUUGUUAUGUUAUUAAAAAGGCUACACAUUUUUUGUGUGGUUUCUUCAAUCAGCAGUAUACAGCUCAGUCCAAUUGAGCCAUUAUAUUUUUUAUUGCACCAUCAUCAGUUAUCUUCAAUAACUUAAAUACUUUUAUGGAACUUGGCCAUUUUUUUCCCCUCCGACUUAAUUUAAAUAAAAUUAAAACUACAAAUAAAAAAAAAGAGCCUAGUGCUAAAAAAAA